GCCCAUUCCGUUAAGGGGGAUUCAUUAUUCAACAUCUUUCCGGCCCGAGAACAUCUACAUUUUUACUCUAGUUUAAAGGCAUAUUUCGUCAAAAUUCUUUUGUAGCCUUUUGCUUUUUUUGAGUUCAAACUUUACGGAUAUGGGCUGUACACCUGGCGGACCCUGCUGCGGACCCUGCUGCGGACCCUGCUGCGGACCUUGCUGCGGACCUUGCUGCGGACCUUGCUGCGGACCUUGCUGCGGACCCUACUGCGGACCCUGCUGCUGGCCUUGUGGUGGGUGUGGACCCUGCUCGCCCAGCUGUGGACCCAUGGAAAAACGUAACGGUCUCCAAAACUGCAAUCUAUAAUGUUGCGCACUGCAGUGCGUUAAACAGCAUAGCCUAAAACUAGAGUAAAAAUAAAGGCCGGAAAUUAUGAGAAGUCGA